AUGGCGGUAUUGUGGUAUGAAAACAUUAUUGAUUCCAAAUUGUUGGAAGGUCGUUCCAUAGGAAGUCUCUUAGCAGUUAAUGUUUGGCAUGUAGUGGUUAAUGAGUUGGCAAUAAUACAAGAGGAAAUAAACAAUAAUGAACACCAUCAUGCCGAUGAAAUCCAUACGCCGUACAAGGAUUUGGAAUGGGUGUAUAUUGUUAUAGUAUUUUUUGAACCAAGUCCAAUAUCGACAAAAACCAGCGACUACUUAAUAAACAUGAAAACAUAUCCGUUGGCAUACCAAAACCAACAACAUCAGUUAAAACAACAACGCAAAAAACGUAAGCUACUAAAACAACAACAACAGAAACAAGAGCAGCAACAUAAAGUUGGUAAAGAGGAAACGGAUGUUGCACUUGUUGUUGGCCGGGCAGCAUGGUGGAUUCCUGUAUUGGCAGCAAACAACAAUAUGCGAAAUUUAACAUUCGCCGAAGCAUUGAGAGAUUUUCUACAAAAUGUUUCAUUUCAUUGUUAUGGAAAAUUAGUUGAAACAGGACGUCGUUAUCAAGAGAGACUAUUUUGGUUGGUUUUCCAUAUCGCAGCAUUGUCUACGCUAAUUAUUUUCCUCUUGAAUAAUCGCAAUACUGGCGGUCAACUAUUGACGACCACCAUAUAUGAUCCUUUGUAUCCCAUACGUAAAGUGCCAUUUCCAGCAGUUUCUAUUUGUUCAAUAAAUCGCAUCUCCAAUGCGUCUGCCACACGUUACGCUGAAGAACUUAAUAGAAAGGAUCCCCGUAAACGUGGAGUAAAUUACUUUUAUGAACAAAUUAAAAUGUUGCAAUACAACUAUUAUGUACAAGAUGACAUAAGCGAUUACUAUAAGGCACUGACAUUUCAAAGAUUUUUGGAUAUAUACGAUCGAGAGGAUUCAGAAUUGUUCUACAAUACCCGAAGACGAAUGGCUAAGCUUACACCCAACUGUUCAGAUAUUUUAGUACAAUGUCGUCUUGGUGGCAAAUAUAUUAAUUGUGCUGAAGAAUUUAAGGAAACAUUUACAUCGAAAGGUCUUUGUUGUACAUUUAAUAACAAUAAAAAGUAUUCAAAAGUACGUAGUUUUCGCAAACGUUAUUUUGGUGAAAGCUUAGGCUUAGUAUUGUUACUAAAGGCUCCACAUGACGAUGAUUUCUAUAAAAUACAUUCACCAUCAUUAUAUCCUGAUCAUUCAUCGGGUGGUGUUGAGGAACGUUUUGUACAAACAGGAAUUGAUACGUAUUUAGCAGUUACACCACGUAUUUUUGAAACUGUUAGUGAAGCAAGAUUUUUAAGACCUAAGGCGCGUAAUUGUUUAUUUAGUGAUGAACUUCCUCAUAUGUAUGGGAAUGGUUAUACUUUUAAUAGUUGUGUUACACUUUGUCGUAUACGAAGUAUUUUUGUUCUGUGCGGUUGUAUGCUUUUUCCAACACCCUAUGAAAAUUUAACCAAUCCUAUAGAUACGGUGUUCUGUAGUUUACAACAUAAGGAGUGUUUAAUGCGUUAUGAUUUUAAAUGGUAUAAUGUCAUAACACAAAGACAAAAUAUACGUGGUCUUGAACGUGAAAUGGAAGAUGCAUUAUAUUGUCCAGAUUGUUUACCCUCUUGUACGGAGACGAAGUUUAGUGUCCAAGUAAUGGGUUUGCCAUUAAAUGAAUACAAUAUGAAAUCAUUUCCUGAAUAUAAGAAAAAUUACUCCGAUUUGGCUUUGGUGCGUAUAUUUUUUGGGGAAACAAGUGCAAUUUACUUUAAAAGAGUAUUGGUGGAUUCGUGGUUCGAAAUAUUCAGUCAUGUUGGUAAUAUUUGCGGUAUUAUAGCUGGAUUUUCGUUAAUCGGCAUUUGUGAAGUACUUUUCUUUUGUAUACAACAGCUGUGUAGAGCCUAUAGGAAUGAAGCACAAUUGGAUGGAAAUCGUAGAUUUACUAGAGAUCAGCCCCUAAUGAUAUUACCAUGA